AUGAAAUUUUACUUCUUAGUCCUUCUGAUGGGAGUGUAAUGUAUUUCAUUUUCUAAAGUCUAGGAUAAAUAAGGAUUCUUAAGAAGAUUGUUUUCGAGUUGGUAAAAGGAUGAAAAUUUCUCAUCCCAGACAGCCAUCUUAUUAAGUAGAAGAAGAUAAAAAUCCUGCCUUUGAAAUUUUUGACUUAAAAGCACACAAGGAACCGGAAGGAAUUAUUUGGAAAUUUAGAAAUCAAACGUAAUAAACAAAUGUAAAAGUUAAUAUUACGGAAUAAAAUACAUAAAAAAAGGUUUUUUUAUUUAUUGAUAAAUUAAAAUAACACCUCGCUUUACACAAAAAAUAAUACUCAAAUGUUAAUUCUUUAUUAUUUUCUCCUUUAAACAUUGGUAAAAGAGUUUAUAACAGUUCACUUUACCCAAUUUUAAAUAACAUGUGGGAUUCAAUUAUAUUUUUUUUUUUUUGCUUACUCUUAAUAGUUAGCCCUAUUUAAUAAAUAUACUAAUCAAAUGAUUAUUGGAAGUACUUGAAUAUUAUAAUGAUUAUUCUUUGUACUUUAGAUUAGAUUUAUAAAUAGAUAUUCUAAAGGUACUAAGAGGAAAAGUCUAAUUAUAAUAACAAAACUUUAAAAUGCUUUGUAAAUUCAUAAACAUUAUUAAUAAAUACAUCAUCUAUAGUUAUUUUUUCUGUACUUAUUGUUUUGGAUGAUGAAUUGAUUAAGAUAAUUGGUUUGAUACUUAUUAAAUCAAUAAUUUGUAAAAAGAUAAUUUUUACUUUCAAUAAAUAAUUAUAUUAUGAAUUGAGUGAUUUAAAUCUCUAAAUAAUAUAAAUCUUGCUUACAUGUCAUUAUUUUACUUGUAUCAAUUUGAGACAAGAAUUUAAAUUAAAGUAAGAAGUUAUGGACUUUGAAGAAAUAGUUGAUAAUUAUAUAGAGAUAUAUGUAAAUUAUAUCCUUUAAUUUGAAAAUGCAAGUUCUACCCCUGAAGGUGAUAAAUUAUUAUAUGGAGCCUUUAAUAUAAGUACAAUAGCAAUACUUUUGUAUUACAAAAUCCUAUUUUUCAAGCUGAUAAUUUUAGACUGUCUCGACAUCUCUUAAGCAUACAAAAAAACUAAAGAUUUGAAAAGACUAUAAAGGUUUUUAUAUAAAUAAAAGAUUUCCUCGACUUUAAAGUCCUAAAUGUCUUUAAAAUUAGACUAAAUUUUUUAAAGGGAUUUAAAUUCAUAAAACAUUGAGGAUUAUUUUGAAGAAAGCUUAGAAAAAGAGUAAUUAUUCUAAGAAUUUAAGGAACAAAAGCUAAUCAACUUUGUCAAUUAGUUUGCUUUAUUUUCUAAAUUUUCAAAAUCAACUAAACAAUAAAUAGCUUAAAAUCUAACUCCGAUUGUUUUACAUUCGAAUGAUCAACUAAUUUGUAAUCAAUAUGGUGACUAAUAUACUAUUUAUCUUCUUUAUUAAGGUAAAGUUGCCUGUGGUCUUACAGACACAAUACAAGAAUAUCAUUAAAUCUUUAGUGGCCAAUGCUUUGGUUAAUACUCAUUCUUUACUGGUCAAGAGAAUAAGAAUUUGAUAAAAAGUUUAGAUUAUUGUCUCCUUUAUAAAUUAAGUAGAGAGAAUUUUCUAAAAAUAAUUUCAUCCAAUGUUAAAGAUUUGGUAUAAUCAUAAUUAAUGAUAGGAAAUUGCAAAUUUUAUUAAGGAUUAAAUUUUAUUUAAUAAUAACUAUUAAAUAAUAGACUCAAUUUGUCUAUAUUGUCAAGAUAAAACUCAUUUAAUAAGCAAUUGCCCAAAAGUACAUUUAAUAAAAAAGAAUAUUGACUUUUUUGAUUAAUAUCUCUAUUGUUCAGAAUAACCUAGAAUGUUAUGUAUAAUUUGAUUAAGAUUAAUAGAUAAUAAAAGAAAGAAACGAAAUUAGGAUUAGUUUCGAAAUCAUUUUAGGAAAUUAUAUGACAAGCAAAUAAAUCAAGUUUCAGGGGAAUUUUCCUCAGAGUUAAACUCCGAAUCUUCGAGUAACUUAGACUAAAAUUUUGAAAAAAAAGAACAAAGAUUUCAUGGAGAAUCAAGUAAUUUACUAUUAAAUGAUUUGUGUAAUGAAAAUAUGAAAUAAAGUGGAUAGAAAGAAUUAUCAUAUCCAGAAAUGAUUUCACCAACAUCUCCUUAAAUACAAUAAUAGAAAUUGCAAUCAAAGAACGUUUUCGAUUAGAAAAUUUAAAGCAUGCUGAAUAAGGGUAAUUCUCUAUAACUCAUACCUAUGCUAUCAAAUAAUCCGAGUCCUAUAAAUAAAAUUUAAAAUCCAAGUUAACCUACUGUCACUGAAUUCUUAACUUUAGUUAAUGAAGUAUUUUAUGGAAAAUAUCACAUAGAAUAUUUGUAUGGAGGAUAUUUAUAAAGUAGAUUUAGACAGAAUGCAAGAUUUCGAUAUCUAUUACCCUGAAUAUAAUAUCAUUAUAGUACUUUUUAAGUAUAAUUUAUUCUUUAUUUCAUAUCAGAAUUAAAAGUAAUUCGAGAAGAAAGAUAAAAUACAAAAGUAAAAUCACAAUCAAUUAAAGUGUUGCCACGAAAAUAGGUAGGAUUGUAGAUAAAAGUAGAAAAUUUAUGUAGAUAUGAAAAUCACAAUAUAAAAAUAAUAAAUUAAAUAGUUCCAUAUAUAAGAAAUGUAUUUUAUAAAUUUGUAAAACAAAAGUCAGUCUGGAAAUGUGUUUAAAACUUCAAUAGAGAAAAUUUUCUUAGAAAUAUCAUACUCUAUCUCAUUUAGUUUUGAACAUGAUAUGUCUGCAAUGUUCCUAAGAAUACUAAAAAGCAAAACAAUCACUCAUCAAUCUAGAAUAAGUUUUAUAGUGCAAAUGUUCAUCCAAAAUGAAUUUAUAUAUUACCAUCUUGGCUAAUGUUACUCUUCUCUUUAAUUCAUUUGUUAUUUUAUUUAAUCAAUUAAUAAGUCUUAAUAUAAUUUAUUAUUAUAAGCAAAGGUCUAUGAAAACGUAACAAAAAAGCAUAAAAUAAAUUAUUUAUGACUUGAUGCUGAAAGAAACGUAAAAGGAUAACCAGAAGAAAUUAAAUAUUGUUGUAAUUCCCAUGAGAUAUGGCCAAUAAUGGGGAAAUAGAAAUUUGAAGAAAAUAACUCCAUCAAGUAAAUAAUAGAGCGAACACACUCUAAAAUUUUCUCCUAUUAAUUGCACCAAAAUAUCUCCAGAUAACUUUAAGGAAAAAGAACGGAAAAAGUAUGAAAAAUUAAUUAGUUUGGCAAACCAAAAAACAAAGUAAAUAAGUAGAGAAGAUGUUUAAAUGACUUAAUCCAGAUAAAAGUCAUAUUCAAUGAAUAACACAAAGGUGAUUAACUAAAAAUUACCAUCUCUUCCUAAAAGAAUAUAAAAUAGAGCAGCAAAAGCAGCGAGUCUCUAAUUAUAUAAUUUAGAUACACUAGAAGGUUACAAUCUUUAAGUUGAAGAUAUGUCUCUCGAAAUUGAUGAAUAUGUGAAACUAAAAUCUGUAAGCUCAAUAAGAGCGCCAGACUUCUACUGA